AUGGCUGUAGACCGACUGCCGAUAUCCAUCGUUCUCAUGGUAACCAGUGUCGUCGGAGUUUCAUCGAACAUUAUCAUUGUGUUUGUGUAUAUGUCUCGAAUGCCCAACUGGAGGGCUUCAGGUCGAUUUUUCGUCCCAUUUUUGGCCAUAAACGAUGCCAUUGUUUGUAUCACAGGACCUGUCUUUCGAGUGUAUCUGAAUUUUAAUUUCAUUGUGCGUAAAUCGGACGUCAUCUGUCAGAGCGGGGCCUAUUUCAUUAAUGUGUUUGUCGCGGUGUCGUCCAUGAUUCUGCUCUUGAUAACGAUUGACCGUUUUCUGUUUGUCUACUACAGCGGUUCAAAACCUUUCGCGUUAAAAUUCAAGUGGAUGUCCCUGAUCGGGAUACUAUUAAUUGCUUUCAUAUCACAGACUCCAAUCUGGAUUUUCAUUGGUGAACUAGAAGUCAAAUCCGUAGAACACCGGAAACACUCUCUGGGAAACAUGUCUUUCUAUCAGUGCAGCGAGAUCCACGGCGAUAAAUAUGAGAAAUCUGCAAUAAUACACACCACAUUACGUAUCGGCUUCGUGUUUUGUCAAGUGAUCAUCAUGGCCGUGUUGUACUCCCUUAUAGCUCGCGUCAUUUACAGGGGCUUAACGAGAAUCAGAAAGACGAGAACAACCCCAUCUAAUUCAUCUAGUAAACUUUCUCCUGACCCAGACUCGCGCUCUGCAGAAAGCGACACCUACACGCCACCGAAGAAAGAAAUGAGCAAGACUAGAGAACGCCUUAAUACGAUGUUAAAGAAAACCGUCUCCAGACAAAAUUUAUAUGGACACUUCAGCAGACAUCGCUUCACUUACACGUUCAUGCUCCUCACUGGAAUAUACGCCAUCAAUCUCAUUCCCUCCACCGUCAUCACUCUGCUGUCCAUGGUCCUGGGAGAACACACGUUCUGGUACCGUCUGACCUACGCGGAGUUGUCCGUGAGUCUGCUGGCCUAUAAUUCCGAUAUCAUAGAUUCAGCAAUCCAUCCAUUCAUUUACGGACUCUUGGACACAAAAUUAAGAUCAGAAAUCAAAAGAAUUCUCAAAUGCUGGAAAUAA